AUGUUACAUAAAAAGGGAGAUAAUAAGCUUGAUAAAGAUGAAGCCAUCAAGUUUUUAAGUGAUACCAAGGUGACAAUUCUUUCAGAUGGUCCUUCGAAAUACCCUAAAAAGUUGAUAAGGAAGAUAGAUUGGAGGAUCAUGACCGUUAUGUGUGGCUCAUAUUUCCUUCAGUUCUUGGAUAAAAACUUGUUAAACUAUGCUGGUGUCAUGGGUAUAAAGAAAAAUUUGAAAGGAAAUCAAUUUGCUGAUUUGGGUACAAUAUUCUAUGCUGCCUACAUCUUUGCAGAACCACUAUCUGAUUACUGUCUACAGGUACUACCAACUGGGAAGUUUUUGUCUUGUUGCAUUAUUGCUUGGGGUGUAGUUGUGGCAUGUCAUGCUGCCUGUCAUACUUAUUCCAGUUUGAUGGUUGUUCGAACACUUUUAGGAUUUUUUGAAUCAUCAUUGUCCCCUGGGUUGAUUGUGAUUUCAUCAAUGUGGUAUAACAAGCAAGAAAACUUACAAAGAACUGGUCUAUGGGUCUCUACUGCUGGGUUAAGUGUUAUUGUCGGUGGAUUAUUAUCUUUUGGGUUUCAACACAUUCAUUCAGAUUUCGAAUCAUGGAGAAUAUUUUUCCUAGUUAUGGGUGUGAUUACAAUUGCUUUUGGUAUAUUCACUUACUUCUUCCUACCAAAUAAUCCAACAAGUGCUAGUUUCCUUACAGAAGAGGAGAAGAUAUUAGUUCUUGAGCAUAUAAGAGGUAACCAAACUGGUACUGAAACAAAGAAAUUUAAGAUCAAACAAAUCAAGGAAUUGCUAUUCAAAGAUAAACAUACUUGGCCAUUGUUUUUCCUAACCACAAUUUCAAUGAUUUCAACUGGUGCGUUGGGUACUUGGUCAGUAACAAUUAUUGCAUCUUUUGGAUUCUCGAGUGAAAUUGCAGCUUUAGUUCAAAUGCCCGUGGGUGCAGCUAUGGUCAUUGCAAUCUUAACAGAAUCAUACUUGUGCUCAUAUAUUGGGAGAAGAACAUUGAUCUUUACAGGGAUGUGUGUUCCUGGUAUCGUUGGUUAUAUUAUUCUACUCACAACCAAGAAUAAAGUGGCCAACUUGAUUGCAAUUUACUUGAAUAUGGGAUCCACUGGUGUUAUAGCUUUGUUGUAUUCAUGGAAUAGUGCAAAUACAGCUGGCCACACCAAGAAGCUAGCACGUAACGGACUUACAAUGAUUGCCUUUUCUUUGGGUUCUUUGAUUGGGCCCCAAUUAUUCAGAGCUCAUGAGAAACCAGAUUACAGAUCUGCCAAAGUGACAUUGCUAAUCACUUCAAUAGUGUGUGUUCCUUUGUCUUUAAUAGUUGGAUUAAUUUCGAAAAGAGAAAAUGAAAAGAAGGAUAAAGAAGGACCAGUCCCUCUUCCACCAAACUAUGAAUUCAAAGACCUUACCGAUAUUGAGAAUCCUAAUUUUAGAUAUUCCUAUUAG